CAGCCUUCAAACGUCAACAACUUCUGUCACCAGCGCUGGCAUCGCCCGUGAAGGCGACCACGUCUCGCUCCGCCUUCGUCGAUUUAAAAGCUUCGCUCGAGCAUGCGUCGUCAUCCACGGAAAAGUGGACCGCUAAGAUCUUGGAUCUGAGAGCGUCGCGUUAUGCUAAGCCACGACGGCCAUCAGCACAAGCAAACCUCUAAGCUGGCCCUGGAGGUGGAUGUUUCUAUCCAAAUCGGCGGCAGAAGAUCUUCAGGACCUGCUCCUUCGCUCACUUCCCUGCACUGGAGGACCGUUUGCAACGCCCAACAAAUCCCAAACGUCGCUUCUCAACACAUGGCCAGCCCUACAGCGCUCUUGGAAUGUCCGCUCUGCGACUUCACCGUCCUUCCCUCUGAUGAAUACGUCCUACAACUCCAUUUCGAGCAGGUCCAUACCACGGACUCCCCUUUCAGAAUUCAAAAUGACGGUGAGCCGCUCCCUCCAGCCCUGCCACCACGGCCUCCCUCAAAGCAUUCUACGCACGUGGACUUCGACGCACCUUCCUCCGACGAAGACGAAAACACGGUCGUGUGUCCCGAGCCCGACUGCGGCGAACUGGUUCUUCUCUCCGACUUCAACGACCAUCUCGACUACCACGCCGCAGAGACAUUAUCAUUUGACGAGACUACCGGAAAGUAUCAUUCUCAUCAGCCAGCCAACAUGACUGGCGUAAAGACCUCCGCUCAUCCUAAGGCAUCUUCGAAACCCUCAUUCCUAGAGCAGAACUUCAAUACCGAUUUACCAGAUGCUCUGAGGCGAGGCGACGACGCUGCCCGCAAGCUGAAGAAGAAGCCCCAGCGAGGGAGAAGCGACACCGACGGCAGUGGGAAGAGCACAUUAUCUCGCAGUAUCCUCAGCUUCAACCCAUUUGCGAGGACGGAUAGGAAAGUCCAGCCUCCGCCAAGCAACUGUCGCCUUGGUCGUGCUGAGCUUGGCCCCCACGCCUGGGAGGAUCGGAUGCCUAGGUGGCUCCACGAUCAGCUUGCCGCCGGUCCCAAGAUUACCGUCACCAACCGCAUCGGUCGAGAUGGCCGCCUCAUCAAGCAGGAACAGGUGCAGAACGAGACGCCCGGCAUCAUUCCUAUCCUCGCUCAGCUGUCAGCCCUAGAUCGCUCCGUCAAGGAAGCGUACUACUGCCAUCCCUCUACGCUCCAUAUCGGCAAGACGCCAAAGGAAGGUGGCUUCUGCGGCUAUCGCAACAUCCAGAUGCUCAUUUCGUACAUCCAAGGCUCGAAAGCUCAAGGCUUUGAGGAGUUUCCGGGUCGCACGCCCGGUAUCCUGAAGCUGCAAGACCUCAUCGAACGGGCUUGGGAUAAGGGUAUCAACGAGAUCGGACGACAGCAGACUGGUGGUAUCCGCGACACCAGAAAGUAUAUCGGUACUCCGGAGGCACAAGCUCUAUUCCUUAGUGCCCAGAUUAAUUGCGCCGUCGAAAUGUUCACCGACUCCCCAGACGGCUCUGUCGAAGCUCACGAACAGCUGCUCGCUGCCAUCGAGAGGUAUUUUGCGCAGGCUGCCGUCAGCGACGGUUCCAACGUCUACAAGACACUAUUACCACCCAUAUAUCUUCAACAGCCUGGCCAUUCUAUCACCAUCAUUGGUCUCGAGCGCCGCCGGGACGGCUCUUGUAAUCUUAUGAUCUUCGAUCCCAUGUAUAGCACCAGCCCAGCUAUGCAUAAGCUGAUCGGACGGAAGAAUAUCAGGACUCCAAGACCGGAGGUCCUAUAUGCAUACCGGAGGGUCGCAAAGCAGCUGAGGAAGCAUGCUGCUUUCGAGGUCCUCAUGCUUUCGGCGACCCCACCUCUAUUCCCAGCUUGGGAUGUCCUUCGCCAGUUCCCCGACUGCCGUUUUCUCUACGUCUUCUUCCGCUCUCGCACGCUCGGCUACGAUGUGUACCCGGAAGACCACUUCUUGCGCAACUUCCCCUGGCAGCAAUACGGUGGUCUGUGGAUCGUCGACGACGCCCGUUUUGCUCGUUCGGAGAGUGUCAACGCGCUCACUGCUCAAGCACUUCGUCGGAUUACUGGUGAAGGAGCAUCGACUGGAUCUAGCACGAACACUAGCAUGACGAGCUCCUUCAGCAGCGGCUCAGGCCACCAUCUACCACCAGCUUCGAAAGUGAGGAGCGGACCUCCUACAAGACAUACAUCUUUGAUGUCUACGCUGGAUGGGUCGGUUAUAGAUAUCGCUUACGGCGCAGAGCGCAAGCAUAUCGCCCCAGUUCUCAACAUGAUCGGCAUGCAUAGCGUCCUCCCCGGAAUGGACACUGCAUCCUCCCAACAGACCAAGCUGUCCCUCUUAACCGACGUAGGACGACGCUAUCCAGGCUACCCAACGCCCCUCUCACCCACCUUCGACGCGAAGCAGCUCUUCCCCUCUCCAGCCUCAGAAUGCGGGAGCGGAAUCGCGACUCCACGGCCUCGGAGUCCCGCUGUACGGUCAGUAAGUGCCAUGAGCAUUGACGGCUCCGAAAUGUGCGGCCCUUCUUAUCGCUGUUUGUCGCAUGGCUACGACCACUACGCCGCCACCAUGGGCCUCAUAUCCAGUACUGAUUCCGAUGGAUCUGCCAGCAACGCUGCGUCUGCCUGGAAUAACAUCGAAUUCGUCCCCAAGGCCCGCAUCGGAUCGCAGAGCCCAACGCACCUCCAGCUGCAGCUCCGCAGCCCACCGCGCUCACCCUCCGUAUCCCCUCUCAGUCCCACGAGUCCGCCGCAUGCUGUGUCCCCACGCACCGCAAUGCUGAAAAACAUGGUCGGGAAGCAAGCACUGCAAUCACUGUCCCAUCAACCCGCCAACUCUCUUUCUCCACCCGCGCCCUCAAUAGCGAUAGCAAACGGCCUGGAGACGAACACCGUCUCGCCCAUCUCACCAUCUGGCACCAUGCUUAGCUAUACGUCGAAUAGAUCAGUCGAUAGCGGCUUACUAGCCGUGCGGCCGUUAAGCGAGGCACAGGUAGCGGAAUAUAGGUUCUGGCGGCCUUGUGGACGCAGGGCUUGCGCGUUUGGGUGUGGCGCUGCCUGUGAGGGGGAGGUCGAGGCCGCGCGGCGCUUGUUCAGGGAGGAGGAAGAGGUAAGGGAGGAAGUGCCUGAGCACGAUGACGAUGAGGAAGGAGAACACGAAGCGUACGAGCCGUGA